CUCCCAGCAAUUGCGAGGACAGUCAAUUCAUCAUUGAAACUCUGCUGAUGCUCCGCCUUGUUCGUCGCAGUGGAUGGCGCGUCGGCCCCCGCCACUUCAGCGCCGAGGUCAAGCCGUCCGACUUCAGCGAAGUGCUUCGCAACCUCCGUGCGAGUGAACACUUCGACUUGGUUGUGAUUGGCAGUGGCCCGGCGGGUCAAAAGUGCGCGAUUGACAGCGCCAAGCAUGGAAAGAAAGUCGCGAUCAUUGACAAGAAGGACAUGCAUGGUGGUGUAUGCGUGCACACGGGCACGAUUCCCAGCAAAACGUUCCGGGAGGCCGUGUUGCAUCUGACGGCCCAUCGACACAAGGGUUUCUACGGCAACGCUUACACGGCGUCGACGACUGGCAAGCGACUCAGCUUGGAGGAAAUCUUGGACCGUGUCAAGAAGGUCGAGGAUGCAGAGACCGACCUCACACGUAACCAACUGACGCGAAAUGGAAUCAUCCUCAUCAAUGGCACCGCGCGCUUCUUGCCCACAGAAGACAAGAAGACAAUUGCGGUCUUGUCGAACGACUCAUACACGGAAAAGACGGACGCGCAGCGCCACAAUGACGCCAACAUCUGCAAACGUGUCUUGACAGCGGACAAGGUGCUCAUUGCCGUGGGCACGCGUCCGGCGCGCCGCCCUGACCUCGACUACGACGGUCGGUUGAUCUUCGACUCGGACCAGCUUCUUUGGGGCGGAGUGGACAUCGUUCCCAAGCGUCUCAUCGUCGUCGGCGCGGGUGUGAUCGGGAUGGAGUAUGCCUCCAUGAUCAGCAUCAUUCCGGGCACCCAAGUCACCGUCAUCGACGGUCGCAAGGAGAUCCUAGACAUGGCGGACAAGGAAGUGUCGGACGCAUUGUGCUACUACAUGCGAAAGCGCGGGUCCCGCUUCCUCACGGAAGAGUCUAUCGUCAAGGUGGAAACCAAAGACAACAGCGAAGUGCUCGUGUAUUUGACCAGCGGCAAGGUGAUUGUCGGCGACGCCUUGCUGUAUACCCAAGGCCGCCAAGGAAAUGUCGCCGGUCUCGACUUGGAGGCAGUGGGGCUCGCGGCCAACAAGCGCGGGGUCUUGGACGUGAACAACAACUUCCAGACCGAUGUGCCGCACAUUUAUGCGGCGGGGGAUUGCAUUGGAUAUCCUGCCCUCGCGUCGACAUCGAUGGAACAAGGACGAUUGGCGUCGGUGCACAUGAGAACUUCCGAACCGACAAACAAGCUCCGUCCCGACGCCGAAGCGCAUGACCCGGCGCAUCCUCGCACUCGCAUGCGCUCGGGUGAAGUGUUUCCCUUCGGCAUUUACACGGUGCCAGAGAUCUCUAUGGUUGGCAAGUCGGAACAGCAGUUGUCUCGAGAAAACAUUCCUUAUGAGGUAGUCCAACGAACAUGCAUCACCUCCGAUGGAAGAGCUAUUGUAUCCUAUGCAAUCGAUUGUACAUGCAGGUUGGCAUCGCGAGAUACGAAGAGCUCGCGAAGGGGCAAAUGAUGGGCGGUAUGCCGGGGUUCCUCAAGCUGAUCUUCUGUCCCACGACCCUCAAAUUGCUCGGUGUGCAUGCCAUCGGCGAAGGGGCGACGGAAAUCAUCCACAUUGGCCAAGUGGUCAUGUCGACAGGUACUUUAAUCGGUCGUCUCUCACCAACGCCGUCUCUUCAGCAUGUCGUCGUCGGGUGUGUAGGCGGGACGAUGGAGUACUUUCGCAACGCCGUGUUCAACUACCCCACGCUCGCCGAGGCGUACCGCGUCGCAGGUCUCAACGGCCUCAGUAAGAUCGAAGCCCUUCGGAACAGCGAAGUCUAAUCCAUCGACCAGCCUCAUGCUUCUUCAUCCCGUGCAUGUUCGUUGUGUUUGGUUGCACAUGGGAAAUUUCGAAUCCGUGCGAUCUUUGCGUUGAAACGUCAAACUUCAACAACCCCCAGGAGGAACGACACUGUUGACGACCUACGAUUACGUUUUUUAUGGAUAUUUGAGCGAUGUAACUACGUUUUAAGGGUGUAUCGUUGGGCG